UUACAUUCACAAUUUGGUUUCAUUAUUAAUUAUGUUACUGUAAUUAGAAUUGUUUCCAUUUAUUUUAGUCUAAUUAGAUUAGCUGUAGACUAAUUCGUUUCUCUUGGAAUUGAUUGUAUUCUAAACCUUAUUGGAAAUUCAUCUGAACCUAUUGGUCUUCAUUUCUUAACCUUCUUAUUUUUGGUUUCGCCAAUUUUUACACUUCAGAGCCUCAUUUCCAUCAAUAAUCAUUUGGUUUUACAAAUGACCAUUCAGCUGAUUUAAGAUCAAUCCUUUUGAGUAUUUUUUUCAUUUUGUAUAAAUUUUUUAAUAUUUUCUGUUUUUCUAAAUCAAUUUUUUAAUUUAUCAGACCUACUGAUUAUGGGAAAAUCAGUCGGAAGGAGUCGAGGCAGAAGCCGAAGUCCACCAGGUCGAGGACCAUACGGUAGACCCUCUAGAUUUGGUAGUGGCUCUCGAUCUCCCACAAGAGGACGAUUUGAUGGACCACGACAAUCAAGAUUUGACAGUCCCUCAAGAUUUGAUGGACCACCACAUGGUCGUUUCGAUGGACCUCCAUCAAGAUUUGACGGCCCUAUGAUGCCAGGUCGAUUUGACGGACCACCUCAUGGUAGAUUUGAUGGACCUCCAAAGUCACGAUUCGAUGGACCACCACAAUCACGUUUUGAUGGACCACCUCCUCCAUUUGACCUACCUGGACCAGGAUUAGAAGUUCCACCUCCACCACCUUUACCAGAAGGACCAGGAAAUGAUAUCGAGAUUAUUGUCGUCAAUAGAGAGCAAUGGCGCUACGCUGAAAUGAUCGAGAAAAGAUUGAAAGAGGAAACUCCAGUCAAGUUUAUUGAUUUACUUUUUCUUCAUUCUCCGCAACACAUUUCAAUGACUCUGAGCGAUCUUUUUGAAAGACGAACUCUUUAUGCGAUCGUAGUUACACCCGCCAAUGAAGAAAAAAGAUCCUGCACAUUACACGUUCUUCACAAUCAAGAGGAGCAUCGUAAUAUUCCCAUUGAAGAAGCUUUACCAUUGAUUUCACGAGAUUUCGCCGCUUACACCGGACAACCAGCAGCUCCGCCGAUGGGUGAAAACUAUCGUGAACCCUUUGAGGUGCCAAAACAAUCUGAAGUUCCCAAUUACAGUAGUGUUACUGGUUCGAUACCAUUGUUUCCAGCAGCAGCGGCAGUAGUGGCCACUUCCAAUUCCUCAUCCAAUGGCUCCAAUUUAAACAAAAAUCAAACUAAUAUUCCACCAACAAAAACUACCAGUUCGGGAGCUACUUCUGAUAAACGGCUCCCUGAUGAUAUUGCUUCUCUUUUACGAAUUAUUCUUAGUGAAGGAGGUAUACAAUUUUUAAGCCUUCCCCAGAUUGACUCCAUCAUUGAUUAUUUCAAACGUGAACGAGAUCGGUUAACCUCUUCUGCACCUUCAACAACGCGACGUGUUAACCCCACAUCAUCGGGAUCAGAUUAUCAAUCUGCCACCGGGGUUUCGGGCUAUUCUUCAACAGCAACAUCUUCAACCACUAUUGGGUCAACUUUACACUCUACUGAUCCAAAUAAAUUGUUAGAAAAUCCUCAGGUUAAAGCAGCUCUUAACUCAUUACUUCAAAUUGGAGCCAUUUCAAGUGGCUCAGGUAGUAAUGUUAUCUCAGGUGUUUCUGCCUCAGGUACCGGUAAUUUAACCGGUGGGAUUUCAACAAGCUCAUAUUCAACAAGUAACUCAUAUAAUACACCAUCUUAUCUGAGUACCUCAUCUUCAAAUACUGUUUCCCAACCCUCAUCCUCUAUGCCCAUUCAUUUUCCCAAUUCAACACAACCCGUUUCAUCCUACCAACAACCUUCAUUAUUACCCUCAACCGGAUCAGUAAAUCAACAACAACAACAACAGCAACAGCAACAACAACAACCUCGUAGGCAUCCGCUCAUGGGUACAGAAUUAUCUGGACCAAUGGGAGCCUCAGGUUACUCUUCCUACGGGAUGAGAAAUAAUAUUAACUCCAAUAUUCCAAGUAAUCGUGGUUAUUCAACAGGGUCGCGAUUCUAAUAAUCAUGAUUCUAAAUGAUGUUGAACGAGUGGAGUAAAUUGUUGAAAGAAAACAAUUUUCAACUGUGAAGGGGAAGUAACAUUGAAAUAGUCAAACAUCAUCAUCAUCAUCAUCAUCAUCGUAUUGAAACAAAACGAGAAAACCAUAUUUGGAAAAAUAAUAUAAAUUGAUUUACAUCCUGAUCUACAUUUAAUUUUUAUCUCUCUUUCUCUCUGAAUUUAAUCAUUUACUCAUUUUGAUUUUUUCAUCAUCGGCUUCAAAAUGAGAGAGGAAAAAGAAAUAGCCGAUGCAAGGAAAACCCAAAGAAGAUGAGGAUGAGAGAGAGAGAGAGAGAAGGGAAAAAUGAUCAGAAUGAAAAAGACUGAAUGAUGUAAGAGAUAUGGAUUAUUCCCUCGAUAAAUCUUCUAUUUCUGAUCUGGAUUAUGUUCUAUUCUUGGUUUCAUCUUCUAUUACUUACGAAAACAAGUUGAAUCAACUUAAUCAGUUGUGAGAAUAUUUUUUACCACAAUUACCAACAAAGCAUGAGAAUUAAUCAACUUUUUGACCUUUUUUUUCUUGGCGACUGCAAAGGUCCAUUUAACAAUCAUUGGAGUUUAAUUGUAGUACAAAAUCAUUACUAUCGAAUAAAAUUAAUCACCAUUAAUUCAUCAUUUA